AUGGCAAACUUGACAUCCUCCGCAUCGCAGACAUCAGGGUACAGCUCAAUAAGCCCCGAGACAGUGUCACACAGGUACGUGGCUAUACCCGUCGGCGAAUUUGCCACAGCCAAUGACGUCAGCGUGCGCAGGAGCUAUGGGAGUAACCAUAAGGUGAUGCGAGUGCACGUCAGAAC